AUGUCGCAGUCUGGUUCAGGAGGGGUGAACGAUAGCCACCAGGAGCAGAACCAGGUCGGACAAACGAUGGAGAACCAGCAGACGUCGUGUCAGAACGGUCGGGCCGAGCCGCCUGCCGAUAAUGCCAAACAAGAUUUGUCAAAUGGCUUCGAAAACCGUACCAUAGAGUAUGACAGAUUCUCUCAAGACAGGGCACAGCAGACCAAGUCGAUCGGCCAGACUCAGAGCCAAGAGCAACAGCAACAGCAGCAACAACAACAGCAGCAGCAACAGCAAACUGAGCAGACCGGUCAAUACCCGAUUGGAAGGAAGCAAGCUGUGGUCGGUGUUCCCGAAGACAGACAUCCACCGACUGGACAACUUCCUCCUCAACAGUACGGGCAAGAAAAGUCUACGGCACCGGAGAGAACGCAGAACGUGUCUCAAACUAGCACUCAAACCCUUCCUGUUCAAGCUCAACCCCAAUUCGUGCCCGAUUACGAUCAGACCCAGUACACACAGAUACGAAGCCAGUUCGAGGUGAGACCGCAGAUGUAUCCUCAACAAGCGCAAUACGCGGAGCGUGCCGGUUACGUGACCCGAGACGUGACGUACAGGGAUCCCACGUUGUACCAAGGAGGCGCGGCGAAUCCCAUGUUCACCGGUCAAGGUCAGUACGUAACGGUUCAACACGGGUCGCAAAUACCCCCUCAAUCCGCCAGUCCUCAGCCGCCGUACUUCUCAGGCGUGGUGGUGCCUCAACCGACUGGCUACGCCCAAUACGGUACCCAGCCCCAAUACCCUUACACCCAAUAUCCCCAGACAAUGAUGAACGCGGUACCGUACACACCCCACGCGGGAAUUUACCCGGGUCAACAGUUCGGCCAACAAUCGCCCAAUCCUCAGAGAUUCUCGCAGGAGUUGGGUCAAUACCAGACCCAACCGAUCAUCCAACCGAUCGCCCAGAACGUGACCCACGGUCUCGCGAUGGCAACUGGCGAGCGACCGAGUCGUGGGCCGAAACCCAUGGUUCCCCCCCGAGGCAACUCGAAGAUCACGCACGACACCGGGCACAGAAAAUCGGCGAGCGUCGACGUGGCCGGGAUGCAGAAGCCUAAAUACGAUCCCGGUCAAAAUCCUGUCCCGCAGGAGCAGCAGAUCCAUCGGAGCGACGGGGCGAUAAUCGUCCAGGGUGCACAGAUAGUGGCCGACGCCCAAGACAGGAGGUAUCUGGCGGCCAUCAAUCAAAAUCCGCGGACACGACAGGACGGGUUGUACGUGGAUACGAACGAGGAUCAGCCGCCACCUGGGCGGGAAAAAAUGUGCGAGGCCGUGGCGGCCGACUGCGGCCUGUACGUGGCCAGGCCUGAACACAGAAAGUCUAUUUCCGUGGACGUUACAUCGAGUUUCCAGCGGCGGAACGACACGAUCACCUUCACGUUCCCCGGUGACGGGAAUCAGGAAAUAUUGAUGCCGGGCAGGAAGGGCGGAAGCAUGGUGGAUCCGAAACGGGUCGAAGCCAAUCAAGUGUAUCCGCCUGAUCAAAGGCGAUUGGACACGAGCUUGAGAGUAUCUCCGAUGGCUUUUGAUACGAGACAAGAGAAUAGGAAGAGCAUAGGGGCGGACAGAAAGCCCGAAUGGGGCAACGUGAGCCCUAAUCAAAGAGUGGCGAUGCCGCAAGAAAACAGGCGAUCCGAUUACUUCGACGAGCACAGGAGGUCGCCUAUGACCAUCGAAGGGAAAAGAAUGGAGGACGUUAGAAGGUCUCCUAUGCCGUUCAUGCCGAUCCGCGAGGGAUCGGCGGAUCGUGGCGGGCAGAAGAGUCCCUCGUUCGUCAAUCAAAAUUUCGAGAAGACGAGGCAGGAGUUGACGAUAUGGGCCGAGCAACGCCAACGGCAGGAGCACGAGAGGAGCAUGAUGCAGAAUCAAAUGAUGUCGACCAGCCCGCGUUCCCGUAAUCAGUCCGAGGAGAGGAGGGAUCCGAGAGGGCAGAUCCAUCAGGCGGCGGACGAUAGGAAGGAAGGGAGAAUGAGCCAGUCGGCCUUUCAACCGAUUCCCAACAUCAGUCAGAGGACGAUAAUGGAGCAACGUCGCCAUUUGCGUCACGUCAGCGCCGAUCUGACGAAACACAUGGAACUAUCGAGGAAGGAGUUCGAGGAGCAGCCUAUUAGCGGAUCCGUGGCGAAUCUGGGACCACCUCCUGCCAGCACGACCUCCUCUCAAAGGGCAAGUCCCAACAUAUGCCAUCAGUAUCCAGCCCUGAGCGAAGCCAAGUUAGAUACCAAGACCGUUCUCACGGUGGUAACGGAUUUCGGUGAAACGAGCUUGGGCAAACCGAUCGAUCAGGUGGAUCACAUAAUUCACAGUCAUCGCAAGAGUCACAAUGUCUCUGGCAACUUAUUGACCCACAGCAAGAGCCAGACGGACAAUCUUCAAAGUCAAUUGGAUCCACAGAACGAAAAGUCCGACACGCUGACGCCGCAGCAGCAACAACAGCAGCAACAACAACAACAACAACAAUUGCAGAAUCAACAGAGCCUGGAUUUAAUUUCAGAGAAGCUGAGCCAAUUCGAACGGCAACAGAGCGAUCUGCAGGCGAAGCUUCAAUGUCUUCAGAGUCAAAAUCAAAUCCUGGACAAAGUGGCGCAGUUUCAACACCAACAGAGCGACUUGCAGGCAAGGCUGCAAAGUCUGCAGGCGCAGAACCAAUUGUGCGAGAAAUUGCAAAGAUCGACCGAUUUUCAACCGCACGGGAUCGGGAACGAGAUCCACCAGAUUCAAUCGAACUCGCUGCCCAACCACCAAGAGCAAUCGUCCGAUAAGAGUUGCCUGACGCAGAACCAGAAUACGCCGCACAGCCAUCAUCAAACGUUAUUGACCGCUUCCUAUUCACAGAACUCUAAUCAUCAAUCCUGCCAAUCGUCUGUCUGCGAGAAGCUAUCGCCAAGGCUGCAACACGAUACCAGCGACCCGAAUUCUAUUCAGAUACCGAACAUGUCGCAGAUGCCGUUGCCGUGUCUGCCGCAAUUCGAGCGCACUGACGCGUCGCGCGCUUCGUUUUCGCAGUUCCAUAGGCUUCAGUGCCAGAUAGACGGCCACGAGGGCGUUUCGACCACCGCCGUCUCCUCCGCUUCCUUCACCGGCACGUUGAAGAAGGUGCCUCCGGAAAAACCACCGAGAACGUCGUUGAUCGUUCAGUCGCCGGAAUCGGAGAGCAACAGAAGCCAGCCAGCCAUCGGAUUGAAGCAGACGCCCAAGGCUCGGCCAACCAUUUUCGGCACUGUGGCCUCGGACCUAAACCCAAAAGAUGGCAACAGUCGAAGGAGCUUGCCACAAACACCAGCUGGCGGUGUGGGUGGAAAAGGAAGCGGAAGUGCUGGCACCGGAUCUGGUAUGGUCAAUGGUUCCGGUACCGAUCAUCAAGAUAUUCGUGACGGUGCUGCUAUAAACACAGAACACGCCUUGGUAUAUCGGGACGGGAAUCUGGUGUCGGGCUCGUUGGAAGCCCUGGUGCAGCAUAUGGUGCCCACCGAGGAAUAUUAUCCCGAUCGAGCUUACCUCUUCGCCUUUUUGCUGAGCGCCAGGCUCUUCAUCAAGCCGCACGAGCUUCUGGGCGAGGUCUGCGCCCUCUGCGAGCAUCAGCAAAACCUGAAUGGAGAGGGUGGCAAGGAACGUCUGCAACGUUUCGUGCCGCGACUGGUACAACUGCUCGCCGAAUGGACGGAAACAUUCCCGUACGACUUCCGGGACGAGAGGGUGAUGAGCCACGUCAGGUCCAUCACGCAGAAGGUCGCUGCGGUCGACGCUGCGGCCAGGCAGGAAGUUUCGGCAUUGCUGCAAAACUUGCUCCUCAGACUGACGGCCCUCGAGAGGUACGAGGAGGGUCUGGCCAGGCUGGCGACCGAGGCAACGACGGAGCAACUCGCCCAGGUGGACAUCACCGAGCUGUGCCCAUCGGCCACGGUCCUCGCCCAGCAAUUGACCCACGUGGAACUCGAGAGGCUCUCGUACAUCGGCCCCGAAGAAUUCGUCCAAGCUUUCGCCAAGGAAUCCCCUCAUCUGGAAACAUCGUUUAAGGAUAUGAAGAAAACGCGCAAUCUCGAAUCGUACAUCCAAUGGUUUAACAGACUGAGCUAUUUCGUCGCAACUGAAGUAUGCAAGCAUCCAAAAAAGAAACAACGAGUCCGGGUGAUUGAAUAUUGGAUCGAAACAGCCCGUGAGUGUUUCAACAUCGGCAAUUUCAACUCCCUGAUGGCGAUCAUCGCUGGUUUGAACAUAUCACCGAUAUCUCGUCUGAAGAAAACGUGGUCAAAGGUGCAACUGGCGAAAUUCUCGAUUCUUGAGCACCAAAUGGAUCCCAGCAGCAACUUUAGCAGCUAUCGCAGCACCCUGAAAGCGGCUAUGUGGCGUAGCGCCGGCGCUACGGACGAACGACAGAGAAUCGUCGUUCCCUUCUUCAGUUUGCUGGUCAAGGAUCUCUACUUCCUGAACGAGGGAUGCAGCAACAAGUUGCCAAACGGACAUAUUAACUUUGAAAAAUUCUGGCAGCUGGCGAAACAGGUUACGGAGUUUAUCGCCUGGAAGCAAGUUGCCUGUCCAUUCGAGAAGAAUCCACGUGUCAUUGCUUUUCUUCAGGCGAGACCGGUGUGGACUGAAAAUGCUCUAGCUUUGGCAUCGUUCGAGUGCGAACCACCAGACAACAAUCCAGAGAAAGAACGUUACAAAGCAUUGAAGUCUGAACUGAACGCUCAGUGAAAAAGAGCAACCAUACACCGCGUCGAAUGGGAGCGAUAUUGAGACAGAGGACGCGCUCUUUUAAAAUUUCGUUCCAAGCAUUAAUCAGCCGAGAAUCUCUCCCGCGAGAAGACGUUAAGAGAAGAGAUACAUCGAGAGAGAGAAAGAGAGAAAGAGAGGGAGAGGGAGAGGAGAGGGAUAAAAAUAGCGGAGAACACUUGAAUCGUGAACGAGAUGCCUGCACGACGAUGAAAAAUGGAGGAAGAGGAGAAAAGAAAAUCCAGAAAAUGCGGCGAUUUGCUCGCGAUCGAUAAACGAUAGAACGAAGGGGAGGGAAAAAAAAUGAUUCAUCGUAGUGAUCUCGCGUCAUUUAAGGACAUCGUUUAGAUACACUAGGAGAAUCGGUGCAGUCGUAGAUAAUUCACGAUUUUAAUUGUUAGAAACUAGAUUCUAAACUUCUUCCUUUCAAUGAUACCUUUCGUGCGUUGAAUAUAUAUAACGCAGUAUAUAUAAAUGAAUUUUUCGAAUCGAGACAAAUUUUCGUAUCGAGUUGAGUUACGAAUUUUUUAAACGUUUUUUAAAUCGAAUUUUCGAAUCGAAAUUCCAUUCUCCAAUCUUUACGAAUUUUCGAAAUCUAAUAAUCGAAUAAAACUUUCAGGAAUUCAACCCCGAGCAUUAUUCUCCCCCAUAUAAUAUCAAAAUUCUUCACAUAAUAUCUCAUCAUCGAAAAACUCUCCGAAUAAAUUCCUCCAAAAUUUCCAACUUUCCAUCGGGCUCGACUGCACCGAUCCAAGAUCGUCGACAGAUCGACGACCCCUAUCCCUCGAUCCAUCAAGAAAGAAACCAAAGUCGAUCUGUCAAAACGAAGAAAGAAAGAAAGAAAGAAAGAAAGGAAGGAAGGAAGGAAGGAAGGAAAGAAAAAAAAAAGAAUUCACACUGAACAGUAUCGCGUAGCAGUAAGUAUAGUUCCUAAGCCCGAGGCCAGAGCGGAAAAACGUUUCACUCGACCACUCUUUACGCGAAACGUAUUCGAGGGAAACGUCUCGUCCGCCUGGUCGACCCCCUUUUUGUACAUAGUCCUUUUGAUAUACGCUAACGAAAACUCCUAAGUGUGGAACAGAGGAUAAUGGAAAAAAGAUAAAAAAAGGAAGAAAUAGGUUCGUUCCUGUAGAGUAAGCUCGAACGUUGUCGUUUUAAGGUUCUAGGUUACACGUAUAGUAGCAGACGACGGUCGUCGUGCACGUACUUAACGAACGAGAAUGGCGUGUAGAAUUGGCAUAAAAGAGAGAAAGAGAGAAGAGAAGGGAGGAUAAUUAUUUGACGAGUUUAGAAAGAGAGGACACUUGCUUGGACAACAUAGGUCCUACAGCUGUUCGCACCGUUUUCGAAAGAAAGGUUUUCAUUGUCCCUACGAUGGAAUCGUUUCGAUUUUUUUCUUUUUCGAAAGUUUCGAACGCGGUGAGAGACGUCCAGCACGCAAGAUUCGAAUAUUUGUUUCGCACACGUGAAGACGAAAAGUUGGUAAAUUUUUCUCGAAUCGAUGAUUCGACUCGAUUCCAUGACGAAGACGGUAUCUGUAAUAGAUAAUUUUUCUGCUGAGAAAUUUCCACGUGGAUGAUAUUUAAAUAAUUUUCGAAUAUUGCGCUUGCUGGGGAAAACUUAACGAGUUCGAAGUUUCGUUCGUCGAUGAAUUUUACCGGGGGACGUUUUUAACGUCACGAAAGCAUCAGAAAUGAUAGAUCGACUUCGGUACGCGGUUGUAAACUGUAAGCGAUAUAUUAGAAAAACUUUAAUGGAAAGUUGGCGAUACCCUGGAAAAUUCACAGGAGGAUUUAUACAGUUUUAUUUAUUUUACCGGUAUCGCGCAAUUCUCUCUACUGGAUAUCGAUAUACGAUUGAAAAAUAAAAAAGAAAAGGAGAAAGCGUAUCGUUCGCAUCGAUGGAACGAAGCUUUCUAUUUUUUUUUUUUUUUUUCUAUGGAAUGAACGUUCGUGUUCGUUCUGGAUUGAAGAAAUCGAACCAGAGGGAAGAAUCUAGAAAAAAAUCUGGGGGAGAUCUAGGGGAGAUCCAGUCGAGUAGAGAAGUCGUAACGAUCAUGCUUUUCGUUUCAUGCGUUCUCCAAAUGAACCCGGGACAAAAAAGGGAAGAAGAAUUUCGAGGAGAUAAAUGACGGCCAGAGGGAAAAGAAUUUUGAGAAAAAAAUAGGGACCAAGAGAGAGAAAGAGAUAGAGAGGGAAAGAGAAAGAAAGUUCGUUUUUCAGAGACACGCGAACAGGAAGAUGAAUCGAUCGUGAUCUGUGCGAAGGAAAUGCAAAAGUAGACUGUCGAACUUUCCGCUCGUUGAUUCGCAGCUUCGCGUACUGAGAGAAACACCAUUGCAGUCAUUAGACAUUUAAGAUUUAAUUUAUAUUAAUUUGGACGAUUCCCUGUCUGUAAUAUCGAAUUUUAAUUUUAUUUUUGUCGAAAUAUACGCGGCAUGAUUGUGAAUCAUUGAUUUGUUCGCGAAAAACUAUUCAUAGUUUAUAAAAUAUGGAAAAACAUGCGUUCACGCAUGGUAAAACGUAUCAUUAAAAAUGUGUACAUUGUUUUAUUUUAAUUUUAUUAUUUAUAGAAACGUAUUGUGUGUUGUACACUUCUCUCUGCACAAUCUUUUUUUUUUUUGUUUUUUUUUUUUGAAACAAGUUGAGCUUUUCGAAUGAACAAAUUAUUGUAGUUUCUUUGGCUUUUAAAUAAUGUAUUCGAUAAAUGUACAAAUA